AUUCCCUAUGUUCAAAAUUUUGAUCAUAAAUUCUUUGAAUCUUUUCUCUCUUUUAUUGUUAAAUUAUUGCAUUAUAAUUAUUAUUUAUUUUAAUUUAUUUUAAUUUAUCAGAACAUUAAGUUACAAAAUUUUUGUUUUUUUUUUUAUAUAAAUCAAUUCUAUGUCAUUUAUGUGUAUUAUUUAACAACAUGAUAUAAAUAAUUGACGUAGGUUAUCUUUAAUAAGUCUAUGAAAUUUUAUAAAUAAAAUUUAUAUCAUGAACGAAAUAAAAGAAAUAAAUAUAUAUCGUGAUACUCCUAUUAGAUAUUUAGGAUAUGCAAAUGAAAUUGGAGAAGCUUUUAGGCCUAUAAUUCCACAGUCAAUUGUAUGGUUUAGUUAUACUGUAGCCAGUGGAUAUGUUCUUGCAGAUACAAUAAACAGUGGCUUUAACACUUAUUCAAACACUGUUACUACAAAAUCAAAAAAUGUUUUACUUUCUAUGACAGACACUUUGUUAUGGCAGUCAUUUGCAUCUGUAAUUAUUCCUGGUUACACAAUAAACAGAGUUUGUGCUGCUGUGCAAUUUAUACAAAAGAAAAGCAAUAAUACGCAUUUAAAAAAUAGGUGGAUUCCAACUUUAAUUGGUUUAGCAGCUAUACCUAUUAUAAUACAUCCUAUAGAUAACUUAGUAGAAGAAAUAAUGAAUAUUACAUACAGAAAAUGGAUACGUUAUUAUCCAAAAUGACCACCAAUCAAAAAUUAUAUCAUAAUUAGUAUAAUUAGAUCAAAUUAUUCUGAGAAUAUUAUUUCUGAGAAUUGAUUCAGUUUUCAAAUGAAAUAAAAAAUGUUACUUAUAUAUGUACAAAAAUUAUAAUACAAUUAUAUCUAUUUUAUUAUACUAUUGUACAAGUUGAAUAUUUUUAUUUUGAUAUACAUAUAUAGAAAAUGCUUUGAAACAUAUAUUUUAAAUUAAAAACAUAGCUAUAAAAAAAAAAAUAAAAUGUGUUA